AUGAUCAAGCUGAAGUACCAAAAGCAGCCAAAACCCUUCCGGACUAGGCUGCGGCGCUCCGACGAAUUGCUACCAAGCUGCCCAAGGCCUGCCUUGCUGCAGCGCGGAUUUGUCGAAGAGCAGACUGCGCCUCUGCAGAGUGCAUCGAAAAAUGAGACGGCGAAGAAAUUUCGCGAUUGGCUCCAGGCACUAUCGCCCCGAACUCUGGUCGUCUAUUCCGACGGGUCCCGUUCUGCCGAAGGCCACGCCGGAUAUGGCUAUGUUGUUCAUCGGGACGGAUCCACCGUCUUGCGCGACAAGGGCCGUCUUGGGCCCGCCGAGGUUUUCGACGCUGAGGCGAAAGGUGCGUUGGAGGGGUUGAAGGCUGCGGUGAGCCUUCCAGAAACUGACCGCAUCUUUGUCUGCCUCGACAACCUCGCGACCGCAACAUGCUUACGGGGCACGCCGAGCGACUCCUCGCAAGAGGUCUUCCUUGAGUUUCAAUCUUUGGCGGGAGCAUCACUGCCAGAACCCGCUGAUAACGUCCCGACGCUAGCGCACCUGCGAAAGAUUGCCCGACAGCAGCCGGAAGAGGCUUUCAAGGCCUGGUGGGAAGCCUCUGCGCCGGAGCGAUACAGAGACCUGAGGCUUAAAGCCACAACCAGCUGUUUGGUCACGACAAUAAAGGUUGCGCCACGGCAUCGUAUGCGGCUUGCACCUUCGCCGCCUGCAGCCAUCAACCGCGCAAUCGGCAAGGACUUUGACAAAUUCGUCAGGCUGGCGAAAGCGAGCUCCUUCUUCGGAGGGAUCUGCCCACGCCACUAG